GACCCUUAGAGCGAUCCUAGUGUCUGUCUCCGCAUCCUGGACCCUCCCCUGCAUACGUUCCCACCCGCACAAACUUUGACUUUGUUGUGAGGAGACCACGAGAGGCCUGAGCGACCACGCUGCUCCCGCCAUCCUCGCCAUCAUCAAGAUCAUCUCCCCGAGCCCUCGGCAUGGCUACUCCAACGACUCAAAUAAGUAUCCCAUCAUCCACCAGCUCACAACCUCUACCCCAUUCACAAUGCAUCCUCCUCACCCAUGCCCAUCAAACGCGACAACCCCACAGGGCGACUUCUUCCCGAUAUAUACCGAGACUCCCAUCUAAUCCACAUCUUCACAGCCUUUGCCGCCAUCUCCUGCUACAAUGCCAUCGAACUCAUCAUCCUCUGUUUAUCCGUUUUCAAACGCCGCGGGAGUACAUACUUCUGGUCUCUCCUCAUUGCAUCCAUAAGCAUCAUCCCCCAAUGCGUAGGCUACAUCCUCCUCUUUUCCCACCCCGAAAUCUCCCCCUACGGCUCCGUCACCUUGAUCCUGAUCGGCUGGUGUGGGAUGAUAACCGGCCACUCGCUUGUACUCUGGUCCCGCCUUCACCUCGUCCUCCAAGAUCCGCGAAUCCUUCGCUAUCUCCUCCGUCUCAUCAUCAUAGACGACAUCCUCCUCCAAAUCCCCAUCACAGUCCUCUUAUACGGAACCGUCUCCUCUGACUGGCAACUCUUCAACACCGGCUACAACAUCAUGGAACGGAUCCAACUCGUGGGCUUCUGUCUCCAAGAAGCCCUCCUAUCCGGGAUUUACGUCUGGGAGGCAGCAAAACUAUUACAACUUCGUCCGGAGGCUCGACAUCGUCGGAUCCUCGCCCAGCUCAUCUUAAUUAAUGUUCUCGUUCUGGUACUGGAUUUUGCGGUCGUGGGGAUCCAGUAUGCUGGGUUUUAUGCUGUGCAGGUCAUGUUUAAACCCGUGGCGUAUAGUAUUAAGUUGAAGCUCGAGUAUGCUAUCUUGGGUCGUUUGGUGAAGGUUGUCAAGACGGCGAGUAUUCGGGAUUCGUUGAGUACGCAGGUCUUUGAUGUGCUGCCUUCGGCGGAUGGGGUGAGGCAUGGAGAGGAUGGGUUUAUAGAUGGCGGUCAGAGGGCUGUUGUGCAGUUACAAAAGGGGCGUAUGAUGAGUAGUGGAUCAUGAAAUUAUGUCGAAUAAUGUAGUAUCGUGUGGGAUAUUGUAGAGUCUUGUGAAGGGAAGGUGAAGGGAAGGUAGGCCUUCGGUUGUAAUGUCAGAGAACGUCAUGGGAGAUGAACGUG